AUGGACUACGGAGUCGAUGAGCUAGUGUGCGCCAUUACGCACAAGAUCGAUACAGAUCCGUGGUCAGUUCAUGCGUUAGGGCGACCUAACCGGUUGGGCUUUGUUUCAAAUAAAAUGACUAAUAAAAACAGUUCGACUUUUCCUGAAUUUGUACUUGAGAAGGACUUUCAAUGUCAUAACAAAGCCCUCAUAACAGAUGUUGUCUGCAAGACGAUUCAAAACUUUGUGAAACAACCACAAGAUGUCAGACUAUCGGUUACCGUAGCGUUUCGACCGUAUUCGUCUUCAGAUGUCGUUUCUCAUGAACAAGAAGCCACAGCAACAAUACAAGUCGAUAAGCCUGGAGACUUUUACCCGGGGGGAAACGAUCAACGAAUUAGAGAUCGACAGUUAAAAAUACUGAAGGAAUUAGAGAAAGCAAAGCGAAACGAAAGAAAAGAACAGAUUAAGGAACGGAUUGAUAGAGAAGAUCAACAAAAAAAGCGACCAAAGGGUCAACGAAAAGAUGAUCUCGGUGUGAAACGAUCAUCGAAUGGUACAACCGGUUGUUUAACUCAAGUUCCCCCGUCACCAUCUUUCAAGGCGGAACCUCGAAAAUUGCCCACCGGGGAAAUGUACGCCGUUCGAGAAGUGGGACAACACCGACCUUCGAAAGUACCAUCGACUUCUGAGAAGAAAUGGAACCUCAAUAUGACACGAAAACCAAGUUCAGAAGAAAUGGCUGCUAUCCGUGAAAACGGAGAUCGAAGAGACGACUCUACCGAACGCGACGAACCUUCUAUUGAAAUUGUAGACAUUGGGUCUGACAUGAGUACAACAGCAAAACCGAAAAAAUCGACGAAAUUUGUGGGUCUACCAUCAGAAUCUCAGUCACCAACAAAAGUAGCAACAACAUCGCGAGGAUUGGCAAAACUGGAAGAUGACGGCGUUUCUUCAAAAGUCCUUGCUUGUAUCGUUGUUGAGAAAUAA